AUUGAACCCAAUAGCCGCGCUGCCCCCUUCGCCAAGAAAGCUUAAUCCUUAUAUUCAUACAAAUUGGCGCAUCGCAUUGCAUCUGCGCUUGGCAAUUUCCAUCAUGAGACUCCUCGCUGUUGUGACGCUGCUCCUCUUGUCGAGUCUUGGCUAUGGCUUGACCUGCGAAAAUGCUGCCGAUCCUGACCACGAUAUCGGAAACUACUGCGCAUGUAGCGAUGGGACAUGUCACUUCCGCUCACCGAGAACGGGCUGCAACCCUCCUAGUGUCAGAGUUCCGUGCCCUUAGUCAACCAACUCAAACCUCUCUGUUGGGCAGCAGCCAGCUCGAGUCCUCGGCAUUUUACCGGAGUCACCGGACCAUUGGAUCGGAAACGGUCUUCUUAUAUAUGGUUCUUGGGCUAGCUGCUAGAAUGUCAAGGUAAACUAGAAUAUCAAGGCGGAAAAGAAUAAUAUAGAGGAAAAGGAUAAUAUAGAGGGAAAGGAUAGUAUAGAGGGGAAAAGGAAAAAAAAACAGCGAUGUAGACUUUGUCUUUGACAAUCUCAAGUGUCAGUUCUGAGACUAGCAACCGGUGUUAUUCUGUGUUAUUCUGUAUAUUCAUGUGCAAUAUACAUAUGCCUC